AUGACGGAAGGUUGGAAGCCCCUGGACGUCGCUGUCAUCGGCGGCGGUAUCGGCGGUCUGGCCGCAGCAACAUCUCUUCGUCGAGCAGGCCACAGCGUGACGAUAUACGAGCAAGCCCACUAUGCUGGAGAGGUCGGUGCCUCGAUCAGCUGCGCCGCCAACGGCACCCGGUGGCUGGAAGAGUGGAACGUCGACAUCUCCCUUGGCAAGACCGUGGUGUUGCAGAAGCUGAUCCGCCACGACUGGAAGACCGGCGAGGUGCUGAGCGUCUACGACUUGUCAGACUACAAGGAUCAAUGGGGAUGGGUCUACAACAUGUUCCACCGCGUCAACAUGCACGAGAUGCUCAUGGAUUCAGCGACCGGUCGGGGAGAAGGUACGCCGGCAAAGCUGCGGCUGAAUCACAAAUGCAAGGAGAUCGAUCACGAACGGGGGCUGGUGACGUUCGAGAACGGGGUCGUUGCACAGCACGACAUGAUUGUUGGGGCUGAUGGGAUCGGAUCCGCCGUCCGCCGCACGUUGGGAAUCAUCCCGAGGCGCAAGCAAUCCACCUCGACGUGCUACCAUUGCGUGAUCGACGCCAGCGAAGUGUCGCGGCUCAGCCUGCUCGACCUGACGGGCAACUGCGCGAUCGAGUUCUGGGGUGGCGUGGGGAUCGAGAAGAUCGUGUACUCGCCGUGCCGGUCGGGCGAAAUCAACAGCUUCUACUGCUUCUUCCCGACGGAGAAGUCGGACCACGCCUCGGAGGGAUGGAACCACGAGGCCAGCGUGGCCGACCUGCUCGCGCCGUUCCCGGACCUCGACGCCCGUCUGCUCGCCCUGUUCCGCCACGCCCGAGACAUCAAGCCGUGGCGCCUGUUUGUGCACGACCCGUACCCGUACUGGACGACGGGUCGCACCAGCCUCCUCGGCGACGCCGCCCACCCCAUGCUGCCGGACCAGAGCCAGGGCGCGUGCCAGGCGAUCGAGGACGCCGCGGCCCUGGGCCUCAUCUUCGGCUCGGAUUACACGUACACGUCCGACGUCGUCGCGGGGUUGGCGCUGUACGAGCGGAUCCGCAAGCCCCGGGCGACGAAAGUGCAGGCCGCCAGCGCCCGCGCCCGCGAGAACAUCGACGAGCGCAUCGGCUUCUCCAGCCAGAAGAGUGGCUACGAGGCCGCCGUCGCCACGGGAAAACUGACCAUCGACGAGAUGAACCUGUACGACAUGAGACGCCACGUCGCCGAGGAGGCGGCGCCGGAGUUUAGGAGCAGGAGCGACGUUGUGCCACCCCGUACGAGCGCCUUUGCUCCCGUCAUGUCCGUGUCCAGGAUGCCGGAGCAGUUUGCGAGGAUGUGA